GUGUGUGUGUGUGUGUGUGUGUGUGUGUGUGUUUUCCCUCACACACAAGCGGGUUUCGGUCUUUCGGGCUAAGCAGGAAGUGAUCAGUUAAAGCUAGAGGGGGGUGGGAAAAAACCUCCACCACGACCAAAGUAGCCGAAAGACAUGGAGAUGGUUUGCGAAAGUGGGACGUGUAGACCGUAUCGGACACCGUGCGAGCCGGGUCGUCAGCCUGUCCACAAAUGGACGAGCGCAGACAUGUCGGCCAAUCACCAGAGCUGCCUCCUGAAGCAGCUGGACCAGCAGCGGCGCCAGGAGCUCUUCUGCGACUGCAAUGUGCUGGUGGAGGGACACCUUUUCCGGGCGCACCGCAACGUCCUGUUCGGCAGCAGUGGCUACUUCCGCAUGCUGCUCUCACAUGGGGCCAAGGACAGCCUGGAGCCAGUCAGCGCCUCCUUUGACGCCUUCAGCCCCGACAUCUUCACCGUCAUCCUGGACUUUGUCUACUCAGGCCAUCUGGAGCUCAACAGCACCAACGUGAUCGAGGUGAUGUCGGCCGCCAGCUACCUCCAGAUGGACGAUGUCAUCGCCUACUGCAAGUCCUUCAUUAAGUCCUCGUUGGAGAUCAGCGCCAAGGAGGACGACAGCCACUACCUGUGCCUGUCUGAUGGCAGUCCUCCACAGGACAGUGGCGAGCAGGGUUCUGAGGAGCCCACGGCCUGCGAGGUCAGCACGGGCAGUCAAAGCAUCCUGUGGGACCACCAGGAGGACACCCAGACCAAGUAUGAGUACCCUGGAGAGGUGACUAGCCCGCAGGCGUCGGCCCUCCCUCAGAGCCCCUCGGCCCAGACCGAUCUGGAGUCUGGAAUGGAGGAGGACCAGACGGUGCAGUUCACGGCGGUGGAGCCCAGGAGAAGGGGAAACAGAAAGAGAACAGCCACUCAUCGCUACGCUCCAGACGACAGUUCACCUAUUGACCUCCAGAGGGCAGCAGCAGCCGCGCACUCCGCACAGAAAGCGGACGAACUCUACGCCACCAUGCCCACUAUUGUAGGGGUGGUAGGAGUUUUCAAUAAAGAUUCCAGCCCCUCAGUGCGCUUUAAGUGUCCGUUCUGCACACAUACAGUGAAAAGGAAGGCAGAUCUGAAGAGGCACUUGCGAUGUCACACGGGUGAGAGACCGUACCCAUGCCAGGCCUGCAGCAAGCGCUUCACCCGCCUCGAGCACCUCCGCAGCCAUUUUGAAACGAUCCAUCAGGCACGGAAGCUGGUGUGCCGGAAGUGUAAGCGUCCAGUGACGGAGCAGAGCGGCCGUGUGGUGUGUGAGGGGACCCGCCGUUACCGGCUGUGCAGGCUGUGCAUUCACGAGAGCGGCCUGCUGACGGAUGCCACCGACACCAACGGAGAGGAACCAGGGCUUCUGCUGGGCGUUGAAGAGGACCUGGAAGAGAACAGGGACAUGGCCUGGACGAUGGACGAUGACGACCUGGCCGAAGACUCUGGAACUGACCUCAUCAUUCAAGAAGUGGAGGACAGCGAUGAGGAGACCACCACAAAGUGAACAGUCCAUGUGGACGUGUGGGCAAACAAGCGACUGGUGCCAAUUUAAAAUUCUUUUUUUAGAAACUCGCCUGUUUGAAUCAAAAGACUUUUAAAACUGUCUAAAAGAGCUCUAUAACAGUACUACUUGUAUAAUUGUGUAAUAUAAAAAUGAUGUAAAUAGAUUAUUUCAGUAAUACAGUUGGUUAAAUUAUAAUUAUUUACCGUUAUAUGGGACAGAUGAUCAUGCAAUGUUAUAUUUUGCAAAAUACUUGAUAAUUUUUCAGUUGUUUCCUGCAGUUUUAGUUGACAUUUGAAAAAAAAAAUGCUUUGGACUUGCUUAUUUCAUAUAAACCGGUCCGCACCUUGCCAAAUAAUCCAGUUACUUGUAAAGAUUCUCAUGGAUAUGACAAAAAGGGAAGUUCUUCAAGCGAAGUGUGAAGGAUUCGUUUUUUCAAGUGACUUUCUUCGCUGAAGAGUUUGAACAAUCAAGUGUUAUUUUUAUGUGUCAUUUCAGUUUUGUGGAGACCAAUUUUGCACUUAUGUAUUGUUAUAAUUAUUUUCUCGUUCUGUAAGACCUCAUCAGUCAUCGUGUUAAUUUAUUAUAUUUUUUACGUUUUUUUAAGAAAAUAUAUACAUUUAUUAUUGCCUUUGUUAUACACCUGAAUUAAACCUGAAUUAAAUGGUUACAAUUUGAGGUA